UUAAGCGGGAUAUUUGAUUGUGAAAAGAUCACGGUACAGUGUCUGUGCAUUCAGCUCAAAUUUUGGUAUAAAGCGACGCGACCCGAUUGGGGGAGGGGAGGGGUCUAUCUGAGCAUACAGAAGACAGGAGGGAGAGGACAGCAUCCACAGGACAUUAGGAAGCCGACAACAUCCAGAGGACAGUGCAGACGGUGGAGCAGCAAUGACGUAGAUUACAAAGCAGGAAGCGGAGGAAGAGGAUGCCGCAGAAGAAGAUCUUCCUGGCGUUCAUGGUCAUCGCCAUGGUGACUCUGCUGCUGCACAGCGGCGGCCAUUGGAGUCGGACCACGCAGGAUCUUCACGUCAACUGUCCCGCCCUGUGCUCGCGUUGUGCCGCAAGCCUGAAGGCAAAGCACACCAACGUGGCGUUCUUGAAGACCCACAAGACCGCCAGCACCACCAUGCAGAACCUUUUAUUCCGCUUUGCAGAGCGCAACAACCUGACGGUGGCACUUCCCAGGCAGGCGUGCAGUCACCAGUUCUGCUACCCGCGUUCCUUCAGCACUCACUUUGUGCACCCGCACACACUGCCACCCAACAUCAUUAGCAGCCACAUGCGUUUCAAAGAGGCAGAGCUGCGCCGGCUUAUGCCCAACGACACCGUCUACAUCACCAUCCUGAGGGAACCAGCCGCCAUGUUUGAGUCCUUGUUCAGCUAUUACAACCAGUACUGUCAGAGUUUCAAGGUUGCCAAUGACUCGCUGGACGUUUUCAUGGGGCAGCCUUGGCGCUACUACCGGCCACAAGACAAGCACUCCAUGUAUGCUCGCAACACGCUGACGUUUGACUUGGGUGGUGACAAGGACCGUGCUGCUACAGAUAUGGCGUAUGCACGGUUCUUGGUCAGUGAGGUGGAGCGUGUCUUCUCCUUGGUGAUGAUCGCAGAGCACUUUGACGAGUCUCUGGUUCUGCUGCGUCACCUCCUCUCUUGGGACCUGGACGAUGUCGUGUACGUGAAGCUCAACAUGCGCACACCGGGCUCCAAGCGCCAUCUGACUUCGGGCCUCUCAGCUAAAAUACGAGCGUGGAAUUGGUUAGACGCACGCCUCUAUGACCACUUCAAUGCCUCACUGUGGCGCCGGCUGUCAGCUCUGGGCCCGGCCUGUGUGGCCCAGGAGGUCCGCCUCAUGCGUGCGGCCCAGGAGAGGCUGCUGAGGAGGUGCUUCGGUGGGCGGCGGCCUCUCUUUCGCCCGGCAGCGCAGAUAGAGUACAAGGAGCUGCGGCCCUGGCAGCCCAGUGCCAAAGUGGAAAUCGUGGGCUACGAUCUUCCCGCUAACUUGAGCCGUCGCUUCUCUGGCUGGGCCCACGAACCCUGCCUGAAGCUAAUCAUGCCUGAGGUACAGUACACCAGGGUUCUGCUCCGCUCACAGUCUAUUCGCUACCGUCAAAACCACCAGCCGUGACACCUUAUGCAGUCUUGUCCCCUCCUACCUCCAGUAUACAGCAGCCACGUGCAAGCUGCUGCUGUAUCAGAUCAGAGUCAAGACCUCGACAGAACAAGACCUUGUAGGGAACUCUGUGAGAUGAAUGAUGUACUACGCCCACCCAGACCCAUGUGACCUUGGUGCUCAGACAUGAGCAGGACAGACGUGGCACAAGUUGCCAUGCCCCGUGGAUGGUGUUGAAAAAGGCGUCGUCGUGGGAGGACUCUCCUCAGGGAGCUGUAUGUGAGUCCUCCCAUCUUAUGUUCAGUGUCCAGCACCCCCUUACUCCACCUCACAGAGACGUCAGCUGACACACCUCCUAAGACAUCACAGGGAUCACGUCCCAUCCUGAAAAGCACCAGUACGUUAAGCAGACUUUAAGCCAGCUGACCCACAACAACAACAACCUUUGACCUGCUCACUAGCAGAUUGAACCCCAGGAGAAAGCAAGGGGACACAGGAGGACAUAUGAGGAGACAAGAGGACACUGGGAACACAGGACAAACAUUUCAGUGUGCUUUCAUUGCGCUACCAUGACAACCAGUGUGAAACAUAUAUUAUUUAGUUGCAAACUUUAUUCCUGGAAGGACAUUCAGUGUACACAGUUGACAGAAAAUAUGACUGCUUUACUUGUGUGUGUGUGUGUGUGUGUGUGGGUGUGCGUGUGUGUGUGCGUGUGUGUGAUGACUACUCAUGUCAUCAUAAUAACGUGUAUAUUGUAUUGGCAUUAUUUCUAUCAACUGAACAUGAUGUGAAAUCUUGAACUCUUGCAUUAGCUCCUCCUAGUCACGUGAUUUAUUCACACAUGUCUGAGAAGGGCGGGGCCUGAGAGAGGCGGGGCCUCAGACACAAUCAGAGCUCACAACAAAUGCAAAUGAAGUUAAAUCAUGAACAUUUCAGUUUAUCUUGAGGAACGUAAUUUUGUCCAUGAAAAAUGACAUCACCGUGGCAAUACGUUAUGUGAAGCCUGACUUGGACAGGCUGGUAUCAACUGGACCUACAGUAUGCUGAUCCUAAAUGGGCCCUGCAACCCUUCUGCAAGGCAGCGGGUGUUUUUUUGGGGGGAGCUUGUUAUGGGCUUGUGAGUCACUUGGUGGAGGAGGACAGUGGAGCUCUGCUGGGUGGGCCAGUGUAGAAAAGUGGUUCUACUCAGCGUUCUACUCGGAAGAAGAGGCCCCCAGGUUCUUAUUAUACUUUAUUUAAACCAGGGGUUCUCAAAUUUUUUUGGGCCACGGACCCCUACAGGAGAGAACAUUUUCCAAGGACUCCUUUAUAAUCCUCAAGACGAUUAAAACAUUUUUUGCCAUUUGCACUAGAUUCCAUAGGAAUGAUCGAAAUAGCGGAAUCUCGGUUUGUAUGCCCUGGUCUUCAUAUGAUUCGGUUUUCGAUGAAAACUCAGUUUUCAUACGCUGUAUCGGUUAUCAUACAGUCAAACAGUGCCCAAACAAAGCAUCCACAUGGUGGUGACUCAGUCUCUGUGAAGAAUGGAUAGUGGUUCAUUUAGAGUUGGGACACUAUAGAGUGAUUCCAGUGUAGGAGGUUUAUUUGUUCAUAGAAGGCACACAGAACAAUAAACAACUCCACAUCUGUCUCCUUUCUUUCUCCUAACAAGCAUUGGUUGCACUAUUGAAGCAUUUAACACGCUGGUUCCUGAGUGUUCUGUGUGCUUUAUUUAUUAACCCACCAUGACGCCAAAAAAAGUUGCAAGUGUGAGAUAAAUAAUUUGAGAAACACCUUUGAAUUCAAGAAAGAUCUUGUGGCGGAACUCUUCAUGCAUUGUAAGGAGCGUUCUUGUCUUGAUAUCAGUGGCCAGGGUAUUAUUAUUAGGGUAUCUGAUUACUGGCAGAACUACCCAAACUGCCCCAGAUCAUGAUGGACCCCCCUCCACUGUGCCGGGUAGAAAACAUCUCAGGUGUGAUCUCCUUAUCAUGCCAGUAACGUUGGAAGCCAUCAGGACCGUCAAGGUUACAUGUUUUGUCAUCAGAGAAUAAAACUU